CAAGCAACGCGACGGCAUCAACUCCAAAAGCAAUACAAAUAGUUUCUUGGCUGGAUUUUUGUGGGCAAAUAUUUGGCAAUUAGCAAGAGUGUGUGAGAGUGUGUGUGUGUGUUUGUGUCCGUGUGACUGUGUGUGGGCAAUUGCAGCAACAAUUGCAGUUAUCAUUUUCGUGAAGCCGGUUUGAAAAAAUUACGCAAAGAAAACAAAAAAGCAAGCGAAAAACAACAACAAAAGACACAUUUCUGUUUGUAUUGGUGUGCACAGAAAAAAAAAGCAAACAAAAAAGUAAUCAAUUAAAACAAGUUUACUUUUUGCCAAUUGUGCAAAACAGAGAAAAUAAAGUAAAAAAAUCAACAAGUUGUCCAAACAAAACAAAAAGAAAAAAUGAUCGGAAAAAUGCAGUUGCUUUACAUUUUUUUGCUAUUGAUCGCAGUCGGAAGUGCUUUGCCCACAUCCGCGCCAAGUGUCUUUAGCAGCGAUCCCAAGGAUCCUUCGGUGGUGGAGGACGUGGUGGUGGAAACGGGAUCAGCGUAUGCCACAUCCCCGCUCAGCAUUGUGAAUGGCGAUGGAGGUCUUGUUGUGGUCUCACCUGGUUCGCCAAUUGAUUUCAGCGGCUUGCAGUUCGACACAGUUACACCAUUGACGACGGCCACACAGCUAUCGAAUGGAGUGGUAAUGCCCUGCAGUCUCAGCUCGGCGGAGCUUAACGAAUGUGUUCGUGGUUUGAUUCAGACAUUUGCCCCGCAAUUGAAAUACCGCGGUGUACCCGAAUAUAAUCUUGGAUCCAUUGAUCCAUAUUUCUAUAAGCGAGGAAUUUUCCGAUAUACCAAUGACGGAAUCCAAGGCGGUUUACUGAUCAAGAACAUGGAAAUCUAUGGCAUUAGCGACAUUCAAGUCAAUUCGGUGAAUGCCAAUUUCACGGAUAGCGGAUUCGUAAUCAAAUUGGGCGUGGAAUUGCCCCAACUGAAGGCUGGCGGACACUUUAAGGCCGAUGUGAAAUUUGGUGGCUUGCGUCUGGUGCCCAAAGGUCCAUUCAAUAUAACCAUUGAUAACGUCAAGGCGACCAUUUUGACUGAUGGCCACAUUGAAGAAUUGCCAAGCGGACAGCAGCGUCUCAGUCUGCAUCGUCUGAAUGCAAAUGUGAAUAUAGGAAAUGCUCAAGUCAUUGCCAAUGGCAUUUUCUCGGAUCGCAACUUAAAUGCCAUGAUCCUGAAUUUGGUCAAUGAAAAUCUGCCCGAAAUCACUCGCGUUGGCAUUCCGGCAACACGUGAACAAUGGGCUCCAAUUUUGAUAUCUCAUAUCAAUGAUUUCUUUGCUCAGGUUCCUAUAGAGAAAUUCCUGAUACAAUAAGCACAAAUCAUAAAACAAAGU